AUGGGUGACCCACACUAUCGCACAUUCGAUGGUGAUUACUACAACUUCAUGGGAAACUGCACCUACAUCGUGGCCAAGAAUUGCCAUCCAGACAAAGAACACCCUGAGUUUGAAGUCCAGGCAAUGAAUGAACGUUUUGGCAGCACAAAAGGCACAUAUGUUAGUGAGGUCAUUAUUAAGGUCUAUGGACAAACCAUCACCAUUGUCCAACAUGAGACUGGACUUGUGAGGAUUAGUAAUUCACUCUGGUACCUUCCGAUCUCAUUGGCCAAUGGCAGAGCCACUCUCUGGCAGAGUGGUCUCUCGCUUGUUAUGGAGACAGACUUUGGUCUAUUGGUGCAGUAUGACUGGGAACAGUAUUUGUUGGUGAAGGUACCAGCCAGCUUCAUGGGAAAGAUGUGUGGCAUGUGUGGGAACUUCAAUGGGAAGAAGGAUGAUGACCUCACCACUCCCAGUGGCUCUUUAGCAACCAGUAUUCCAGCACUGGGAAAGAGCUGGAGGGUUCCCGGUUUACCAGGAGAGGCCUAUUGUACUGAUGAUUGUACUGGGCAGUGUAACGUUUGUAAUGGGGAAUCAUGGAUUGAACGUUUGGAAGCAGAGAGCUUCUGUCAAUUGGUCACCCUUCUCACUGAUGGUCCAUUACGUGACUGCAAGUCUCUCAUUGAUCCCAAGGUUUUCUAUGAAAAUUGCCUUUUUGACUACUGCAUGGGAAAGGGGUACAAGAAAUUUCUAUGUAAGACAGCGCAAAUCUACACAGAUGCUUGUCAGCGAGCUGGUAUUCAUGUGCAUGACUGGAGAAAUCUUAUUGGUUGCCCUGAGCCAAAAUGCCCUGCAAACAGUCACUUUGAUUCCUGUGCCUGUCCUGCUACCUGCGAGAACCCCUCUCCACCCGCUGACUGCAAAACCAAGUGUGUGGCAUCUUGUACCUGCAAUGACGGGUUCCUGUGGAGUGGGAACACGUGUGUCCCUAAGAAUCAGUGCGGUUGCAUAUACAGCAACGGAGGGCAGAAACGCUACCUACGGGCUGGAGAAUCCAUCUGGGCUGAUACAACUUGCAGCACAAAAUGCACCUGUAAUAGUGGUCAAGUUGUGUGUGAAAAAGCCAGCUGCCCAGAUGGAUCAGAAUGCAGUAUAGUAGAAGGGAUCAGAGGCUGCCAUCCAGUCUCUCAUGCAAUUUGCAACAUCUACGGUGACCCCCACUACAACACUUUUGACAACAGCACCUACAACUUCCAGGGCACCUGCACCUACACUGUAGCUCAGGGCUGCCAUCUGGAGGGAACACACCUCACUCCAUUUGCAGUUAUAGUGGAGAACGAGAAGUGGACAGAAAUCCACGUCAACCCAAGUGUCUCUGCAGCCAAGGUGGUUGUUGUGGAAGUGUAUGGAAUGAUCUUAGUCCUGCGAAGAAACCAGCUACAUCAAGUAAUGGUUAACGGGAUCUUGGCAAACAUCCCUGUAAGUCUGGAUGAUGGAAAAGUGAAGGUCCAGCAGGAAGGUGUUGAAAAUGUAAUCUUAACAGAUUUCGGCCUGAUAGUCACCUACGAUAUGGUUUAUCACGUCACCAUCACUGUCCCGAGCAGCUAUCAUGGCAAGACUUGUGGCUUGUGUGGAAACUUUAAUGGCAACAAGAACGAUGACUUUCUGCUGCCAGAUGGUAAAGAAACCAAAGAUGUAAAAACAUUCGGAGCUGCUUGGAAAGUGCCUGUUCCUGGCGUUGUUUGUGAUGAUGGCUGCAGUGGUGACGUGUGUCCAAAGUGCCCUGAAAACAAGAAACUUGUGUUUGAAAAGGACUGCAGUACCAUCAUCAACCCUCUCGGUCCAUUUGCUGCAUGUCACAAUGUAAUUAAUCCUGAGUCCUACUUCAGAGAUUGUGUCUAUGACAUCUGCAUGAGCGAUGGAGAUAAUAAUACGAUCUGCAACAGCAUUGCUGCAUACAUGACUGACUGUCAGAACUUUGGAGUUACUGUUAAACACUGGAGAACACCAACAUUUUGCCCUUUGAAAUGUCCUGCUAACAGUCACUAUGAAAUCUGUGCGGGAUCAUGUGACACACCCUGUCCUGGCCUCACUGAGAUCAUCAAAUGUAAUAUUCAGACGUGUUUUGAAGGCUGCAUGUGUGAUUCUGGAUUCUUCAACAAUGGGACGGGCUGUGUUAAAGCAGAUCAGUGCAGCUGUUAUGAGAAUGGACACACCUACAAGAUUGGCGAGUCUGUCAUCACAAAAGACUGUCAAGAACAUUUGACCUGUCUUGCCUCUGGGGUAAUCAAACAUGACACCAUGACUUGCGGUAAUAAUGAAGACUGUGUGAAUAAGAAUGGUGUUUUGGGCUGCUACCCAAAACCUAAUGGUUAG